CUCCUUAUUGUAGAGAGAGAAAUUGUUGUAUCCUUUUUGUUAUAGUAAAAUCCUUCUGCAAUUUGUCUAUCAUUUUGUGCUCCAAUAUUUGUUUUGGUAUUUUCUACUUCAGUUGUAAUUGUGUGCCCCAUACCACAACAUCCUAACAGAUUUGAUUUCAUCUUGGUUAAAGUAUAUCUCUUAUUUUUAGGAUAGAAUAUUAUUGAUAAGUCACAUCUUAUAUUUCUAGAAAAUAUGUUUCCACUUUUACGUCUUGCUUAAGUUUUUGAUCUAGGGGGAUCGAGCUUGUUUGACGCAUAUAUAGGUCGUGCAACUCAAGGCAAAGUAUUGUCUAGAUUUGAUAAUUCACUUAUUCCAUGUCAAAGUGAAUUAGGGAGUCAAACUCACUUUGCAACCUUCAGACUCAAGCAGAGUUGCAGACAUCGUCAAUGGAGACACAGUGCGGUCACAUUGCUUCUUUGGUGUCCUCUGACCUAACUAACAUUCCCAAUCCAGAUACUCCCUGCAUGAGGUUCAAAAUGCAAUCUUGAAUCAUGUAAUGAUAUAUUGAUGUAUUUGUAAAACGUUGAAGAAUUUUCAUGUACUAGAUGUCAUCGCCUUCCCAACCCCUAUCCGAUUUGGCGUUGCUUGUACUGUAAGGUCGUCUUCUGUGGUUUGCGCGUGGGCAGCCAUAUGUAUGAGCAUUAUAAGAAGUCAAAUCAUUCUCUUGCUAUCAGUUGCAGUAAAAAAGAUCCAGUUGUUUUUUGUUACUUCUGCAAGAUAAAUGCAAAAGCUCAUCAAGUGAUCCAACAAUUGCAGGCUUUUUCCAAGGAUAAAUCUUCUUCAUCCAAGCUAGAGAAGCUCGAUGCUAUGAUGGUUGAUGUUUCUAAUCUCAUUUCUGAACCAUUUCCUAGCUUUGAUUUUCAUCAACCAGAGGCUAAGUCAUCUGUUGGCCAGGACGAGUAUGCAUUGGCCAAGGAAGGACUCCAGAAGAUCUUUGAUCGGGGGUUAGAAGCUUUAGCUGAUGACCAAGUGCAAAAAGAGUUUCUCACUUAUACAGCCAUGCUUUUAUCAGUUGAUUGGUGCUCAUCGCAGUUGAAGGCUAACCUUUCAUCAUUCACAGAAAACCUCCCAGAGGAAACCUCCACUUUUGUUCAAGCUAAAAAAAAGUUGAAGGUGGUCUCUGACCUAUCAGCUUCAGUUACCCACAAGAAGUUUAUGCUCCGGCAACAGAGUUCCAAGUAUACUGAGAUGAAGAAAGAAAGUAUUGCCUCUGAGGAGAAAAUUGCCAACCUUAAGGCCUGGAUUCAAAAGUUGGAAGCUUCUCUAGCCACAGAAAAGAGAAACAAGGCAAAGAUUGAUGAGGUUUUGGAUUCCAUCGAGACACAAGUAAUCACUGCCAGAGAUGGAUUGGUCUCAGACUUGGCACAAGUGUCUGCCAUGGAGGGAACAACCCAAGCUGCUAACCUAGUAGCUCAACAACAGUCAGCGUGGAAUAGCUUAAGGACUACUUUUACCAAGUUUGCAUGAUGUAUAUCGUAAUAUCGGUACAUCCUAGUUAAUCCUUAAAUGCAAAAUGAAGGAAGACAAUGUUUAACAAUCCUUUGUUGCUUGUAGUUAGACAAACUGAAUUCUUCUUCUUCUCCUUUUUUUUCUUUCAAAAAAAAAAAAAUUAAUUUUAAACAAUAGACAAACUGGUUUAAUCCGCAAUAGGGGGACAAAAUCGUGAAAUAAAGGAAGGAUAUUUCUUAGAAUUCAAUCAUUGAAUUUUAUAUAUAACUCAUAUCUUAUAAGAGUUGAUUACACACGAUUAUGUUUACCAUUAUACUAUCAAAUCUAACCAUCCAAUUCUAGUGCAGAAAGUAGUCAUUUCCAAAAACUUGUGGUACUUCCUAGUACAUCGCAAGCACGCUGUUCGCACUCUAACUUGCCCCACCUUGCCUCCACUUUUGUUCAAGCUCGGAAUGUGUUGAAGGUGGCCUCAGACCUAUCAGCUUCAAUUACUUGGAAGAAGUUUCUGCUCCAGCAACAAACUUCCAGGUAUACCUCUUCUUUCCUCAGAGAAGAAAAUUGCCGACCUUAAGGCCACAAUU